GGGAACGACGACAUUAAAACCUGUACAGAACAUUUAUUACAAUGACUGGCUUUAAGGACAGGAUUAGGCCUGUCAGCAUAAACAAAGUCUUGAGGAAAGUCAUGUGCUGUUGCCAGUUGAAUCUCUGCUGGAAGAGAUUUUACCCAAGAGUUCUGUUUAAAAUGUUCAAAUCAGUUUCAAAACCGUCGACACAAUAAGCAUUGUAGAAUUCUGUCAAACAGCAGAAGAAAUGUUCUGUCAUUGCUGAAUGAGUAGUAGAGCCUUGCACUGGAGAGGAAGAAAUCUUUCUCUGUGCUCCAGCUCCGCCAAGCCAGGAAAAACGUGGAUCUUCCUUCUGGCAGAGUCUUCCCCUAAUGCUCUUCUGCAUCCAUGUGAGAAGCUCCAUGGAUGAGUACAGACUUAUCAUCAGCAACAUCUACACUGGCUCGGUCAUGCCCACAGAUGGAAGAUGGCAGGAUCCCCAAGGAACGUGCUCUUCCGGGAGCUGUCUUCAGGCAUCAGGCCCAUUGGCAGACCAACUCUGCGUUACAAAGAUGUCUGCAAAUGUGACAUUAAGGCUGGCAACAUCAAUGUGGCCAUGUAGGAAUCCCUUGGAGGCAACUGCAGUGCCUGGAGACAAUCAUUCACAGCAGUGACCAGAAGAAGAAUGAUAGUUGGAAGGAGUGCAGCGAGAAGAAAUGCCAUGGCGCAUCUACACCAGCGAAACUGGAUGCAUUCAUGUGCCCCUGUUGUUGUUGUUGUUAGUAUCCGUCUGUCUCAAGAGACAAUGGAGUGCGCCUCCAGGGGUGAAGUCAAACCUCUGUGUUGGCAGCACUGAAAUUAGCAGCAAGCCUGGGCAGUGUAUACAACAGGCACGUCCAACUCUCUGGAGACUGCGAUCUACUCCGGGUAUAAUAAAACCGGCAGUGAUCUACCCAUUGUCAUUGAGCUUUUUUUAGGGGGGUGGGGUGGACCAGAGUUGUUGACAAGGAACACCCCGCGAUCGGCCAGGAGAUUGUGAUCGACCAGCUGGACAUGCCUGGUAUAGAGUUUCAGCUGCAGCAAAUCACACCUCUUCCCUGGCUCUACAGCCAUAGCAGGUGCUGUACCUCUCCAACACUCUUGACCCCCAAAGGCACGCUCUUAAUUGUCUCCCAAGGUAGACGGACACCAACGGGAUCGCCAGUACACAGCUCCAGUGCUCAAAAGUCUGCCCAUACACGACCGGGCCAGGUUUGAGGUUCUUGCAUUAAAGUUCAGGGCCCUUAUCACUUGGGGUCCUGGGUACCUUAAGAACCCCCUAAUCCUUUGUAACCCUGUCUGAUCGCUGAGGGAGGUCUUUGAGGGAGUCACAGUUAGUGGCUCGCAAUGGCUCAGAUGUGUUGCUCAUAUUGACCAGGAACAUUUUAUAUUGUGGGCCCAAUUACAGGUACCGUAUAUGGAGCUCCUUUUCUGGAAUCAGACAGGUCCCCUCCCUAAUGAAUUUCUGGCACCCAGUGAAGACCUUUUUAAAAAAAACCAGCAGGUAUUUUAAUUGAAGUUUCAUUUUAUAUUUUUAACUGGGUUGUAAAAAGCAACAACAGCAACAACCCUUUUUGCUUUGUAACUUUGUAAACCGCUUGGAGAGUAUUGUAGUAUAUAAAUUGUUUGAAUGAAUGAACACAGACAUGGCAGGCAACUGUUGGAACUGUCUGCUCCUAAUCUUUCCUCUUCUUUGCUGUCACAAGUGCGUGGACUUCCCCCUUUGCUGCCACAUCCACAACUGUUGGGCUAUUUUGGUCAGAUGCAAAUCACUUCUCCUAACAAUUGCUUUUGCUGGAGAAGCAGGGAAAACAAAUCCCAGGAAGCGUGUGUACUUUGCGGUUGUGCUACAGCUCUAGCAAUGGUAAUUUUAGGAGAGACUAGUUUGUUGAGUGUUUGUCCUGAUUUCUUUGUAGAGAGAUCAGAUUGUGUCGGUUAUUUCAUGCACAUUCAUUCUUAUUUGUGGGGAAUCUAGAGGAUGUUGUAUCAAAGGCUUGUGUUAAUCUGACCCUUUGUAAUGCAUUUUCCCAUCACUGUUCCAACUGCAAAAAGUUCAAACUUUUAAGGAAGUGGGUUUGUUUCAUAAGACCUCCCAAUCAAUUAUAGUCACACAACCUGAAUUUGCCAGCAUCUGAUUGAAUCCCACCUGGAAAUAAGCUGCAGGGCUGUAAGUCAGUACUAGAACAUCUCCAGAGUGCUCCUGCUUCAAGCCCUGGCAGGCCCUAUGCCCGAAACUCUGAUGAGCUGCUGCCAGUCAGUGUAGACCAGGCAUCCCCAAACUGCGGCCCUCCAGAUGUUUUGGCCUACAACUCCCAUGAUCCCUAGCUAACAGGACCAGUGGUCAGGGAUGAUGGGAAUUGUAGUCCAAAACAUCUGGAGGGCCGAAGUUUGGGGAUGCCUGGUGUAGACAAUACUGAGCUAGGCAGGCCAAUGUUCUGUCUGGCUCAGUGCAUGCUUGUUUUCCAGUGUUUCUGUGCAAUUAUGCAUGGUGUUGAGAAUAUAUAUAUCUGAGAGUCUCUUUUCAUCUCUUUGCUCCUCAUAGCAUCCCAGGCACAAAAAAAUAGAUACACUUGAAAAAAAAUCUUCUCUUUUGGAUUGGGGUGAGACCAGGACUUUUAUUCCGGUUCGCAGCAGAAGCUGGGAUUGCACAGCACCAAUUGGCUAGCUCCUGCACCAGCUAAGACACAACUUUAUCCUUGUUCAAAGCAAAGGUGGCCCUUGCGGUGUUCACUCCCUUCCUUUUUGGAAAAGUUCACUGCAAUCAUCUGGAAGUAGGGGAAGGAGUGACAGGGAAAGGGAAUGGAGAUUUGAUCAGUGGACUGUAUAUAGAGUAUACCUUUUUUGCUUCUGUAAAGGGACGUCUCUUUACAGGAGCAAAGGGUAGAUGUAGGAGGUAGAGAGCUCAGUACACAGGUAAAAACAAGGAGAUCUAGUUCUAUUCACAUGUGUACAUCUCUGCACACUGUGAGAGCUGGAAAUCUCUAUGGUAGGAAAUUUCCCUAAUCCAAUCUAUUUCCCUUUGUUGUCUUUGUGCCCAAACUUGACUAGUCAGUUUUCCUUCCAACAGAAUUGCCCAUACUUUGUUAUACCAUGCACCCAAUGAUAGAUCUUUAAGGUUUCAUCCAGCAUUUCAUAACUUAAAUGAAUGAAUAAAUAAAUCUAAGCAUUUUUCCUUAUAUGGGAUUCUGAAAUCCUGGCCACAAAAGAUUGAUGACAAUGCUAAUUUUGGGUCCAUCUGUAUUUCAUUCUUUGUCCUACAUAUGUCUUUAUGUUUUUUUCAGCUUGUGGGUGCAAUUCUUAUCUUUGUAUGACAGGCGACAUUCUUGCCACAGAAAAGCCAGAGGCUUCUUCACACUUACACUUCUGUGUUCCCCCAUCCAAGCAAGCAAGAGGAGUUAUCACAGUUCAAGGAUGCAUUCCUUACAGACAAAAGCACUUGGGAAUGUGGAGGAUUUUGAGCAACAACAAGAUAGCAACUCUGAAGAAUGGCUCUUUUUUCGGACUUCGUGCUCUCGAGAAGCUAGACCUAAAGAACAACUUGAUUAGCAUCAUCCAGCCUGGAGCUUUUCUAGGCCUCACGGACCUGAAGCGUUUGGACCUCUCCAACAACCGCAUUGGGUGUCUCAGCUCUGGCAUCUUCCAGGGAUUGGUCAGCCUCAUCCGCUUGAAUAUGUCAGGGAAUAUUUUCUCCAGCAUCCAAAGUGGGGUCUUUGAUGAGCUGCUGUCUCUGAGAGUUCUUGACUUUGCCACCGAAUACCUGACGUGCGACUGCAACAUGCGCUGGGUCCCAGCCUGGUCCAAAAACCGCUCCCUCCAGAUCUCCGACAAGACGCUGUGCAUCUACCCUGGCAGCCUGCACGGGAAGCUGCUACGCAACAUCCGGGAAAGCCAGAUGCGCUGCGAAGGGACCCCAGAGCUGCACACCCACCUGUUGAUCCCCUCCUUGCGGCAAGUGGUCUUCCAAGGUGAUCGCCUCCCUUUCCAGUGCACAGCCACCUACCUGGACAACAGCACACACAUUUUGUGGUACCACAACCGUGCCUUGGUGCAGGGGGAUGAACGGAACGGGGUCAUCCUGGAGGAGAGCCUCGUCCACGACUGCACCUUCAUCACGAGCGAGCUUAUCCUGUCCAACAUCCAUGUCUCAGCCAGCGGCGAAUGGGAGUGCACCAUCUCCACGGCACAGGGCAACGUUAGCAAGAAGGUCGAAAUAGUUGUGCUGGAGACGUCGGCCUCAUACUGCCCAUCUGAGCGCGUCACCAACAACCGUGGAGACUUCAGGUGGCCACGCACCUUGGCUGGCAUCACCGCCUACCAGUCAUGUCUGCAGUACCCCUUCGCCUCUGGGAACGGGGGGCCCGGCUUGGAGAAGCAAGCCUGGAGGCGCUGUGACCGCACAGGCCGCUGGGAGGAAGGGGACUAUUCCCACUGCUUGUACACCAACGAUAUCACCCGUGUCCUCUACACCUUUGUGCUGAUGCCCAUCAAUGCCUCCAACGCCCUGACCCUGGCACACCAGCUGCGUGUCUACACAGCCGAGGCGGCAAAUUUCUCGGACAUGAUGGAUGUAAUCUACGUUUCCCAGAUGAUUGAGAAGUUCACUGGUUACGUGGACCAGAUUAAGCAGCUCACGGACGUCAUUGUGGAGAUGGCCAGCAACAUGAUGCUAGUGGAUGACCACGUUCUGUGGAUGGCUCAGAUCGAGGACAAGGCUUGCACCAGCAUCGUCCGCUCUCUAGAGAAGAUUGCUGCCUACACUCUCAGCACCAGCUCUCAGUACAUAGCCGUGAACACAAGGAACAUCGCUUUCGAGGCCUACCUGAUCAAGCCAGACAGCUACGUGGGCCUGAGUUGUACAGCCUUUCAGAAGCGCGAGGUGGUGCUCAGCAGUCGGCCGCACCGGCAGGAGAGAUAUGCCGAGUCCUUGGCAGACCAGCAGCUGAAGUUCCGGUGUGCCACAGGGCGGCCAAACAUCUCCCUGGCCAGCUUUCACAUCAAGAACAGCAUUGCUCUGGCCUCCAUUCGGUUGCCUCCUGAUCUCUUCUGCCCGUCGGCUGCUCCCUACCCCUCAGCUCACAAGUACAAGCUCCAGUUCCUGGUGUUCCGCAAUGGCAAACUCUUCUGCAGCACUGGAAACUCUUCACACCUGGCAGAUGAUGGCAAGAGGCGCAGCGUGGCUACUCCAGUGAUCUAUGCAGGAACACAUGGCUGCGGAGUGAGCAACUUCAGUGAGCCCAUCGUCAUCUCGCUGCGACAUUUGGGAGAGGGCACAGACCGCACGGCCGCUUCCUGGGACUUUGACGUGCUGGCUGGGUACGGGGGCUGGAGAGCUGAAGGCUGCCAGCUGAUUGGCCUGGAGCCCAACGUCACCACCGUCAGCUGCCGGCACCUUGGCAAUGUCGCUGUGCUGAUGGAGCUGAGUAACUUUCCACGUGAGUCCCCGAGCCCAGCUGAGGUGCUGCACCCUGUCAUUUACAGCUGCACUGCUCUCCUCCUCCUUUGCCUCUUUGCCACCAUCAUCACGUACAUCAUCAACCACAGCACCAUUCACAUCUCGCGGAAGUGUUGGCACAUGCUGCUCAAUCUCUGCUUUCACAUUGCCAUGACGUCGGCCGUUUUCGCGGGGGGUGUCACCCUCACCAACUAUGUGGUCAUCUGCCAGGCGGUUGGCAUCAUUCUGCACUACUCUGCCUUGUCGACCCUUCUGUGGAUGGCUGUUAUGGUGAGAGUGAUCUACAAAGAGGCGACGUGGAAGGCACCGCAGCAGCAGGAAGGGGAAGCCCCCCAGCCAGCCCCCCGCCCAAUGCUACGAUUCUACCUGAUAGCUGGUGGGAUCCCCCUCAUCAUUUGUGGGAUUACAGCAGCAGUCAAUAUCCAUAACUACGGGGAUCAUGACUCCUAUUGCUGGUUGGCUUGUCAGCCAAGCAUUGGGGCCUUCUACGUGCCUGCGGCUUCCGUCCUGCUCGUCACUUGGAUUUACUUCCUGUGUACCGGAAUCCGAUUGCAGUGCCAAGCCAAGAACCCCAAAGAGGUGCCCAAACCCCUGGAAAUGCGUCAGCGGCUGGGUGGCAGCAGCAACCUCUUGACAGGCUCGGGGUCCAUCUCGGUCACGCUGAAUUCUGCCCCGCACAGUGCCGAUGUCGACAGCGUUUACUCUUUAGGGGUGCAGUUCUGGGCUCUUGUCAUCACCCAUUUCCUGUACAUAACUCUCUGGACAUUCGGGGCCAUGGCGGUGUCCCAGCGCUGGUUCCUCCUGAAGGUUGCCUUCAGCUGCCUCUAUGGAGUCACGGCUGUGGCGUUGGGGCUCUUCAUCUUUGCCCACCACUGUGCACGCCGCCGAGACGUGCAGGGCUCGUGGUUUGCCUGCUGCCCAUCUUACAGGAAUGCUUUGCCCAUGCAAGCCUACGUGCACCCCGGGGUGGGAGUGGAGGACGGCUCGCAAGUCUUCAUUGGCUGCAGCCCCGAGGCGGCUCAGUCCAUCAAGUCCUCCUCUUCCCCCGGCAGCAGCAAUUCCGCCCCGGGGCCUUGCAAACUCAACAACCUACAAGUGGCCCUCGGCCAGGCGGAUGGCAGCCCUUCGCAGACGGCCUGCUAUGAGGACGCUGAGCCUUGCAACAGCAAGAGCACCCCGCCGGCCAGGUACGCCAACAACCUGCAUGGCCGCAGCAGACACCACAAAAGCAGGACUAAGCAGUACCGGGAAGGGAAACACCAGCAGCGCCUGAAGGCUCUGCGGGGGCCUUCCUCGGAGCACCCUACCAGCGAGAGCGGCAGCCUCCCCACCAGCCACUCGGAGAGCUACCAAAGCAGUCGGAACAGCCCUUUGAACAAUCGGCGCCAGGGGGUAGUACCAAGCCUGGAGUUGGCCCUGACGCAGUCUGACUUGAGCGACGGCAGCAGUGCCCACCACGGGGCAGACUUCAGCCAAGGCCAGCGGAGGAGCACCAGCAGAGACAACCUCAAGCACCAGGCCAAUGCCGCGGCAGAAAAAGAGACUAAGAGGCGCUCCUUCCCGCUCAACACAGCCAAUCAGAAUGGGGGCCUGAAGGGCAGUGAGUACGACAUAAACCUCACCAGCGCUGACAGCGUAGCCGGCAUGAAAACGGGUCUCUGGAAGAGCGAGACGACUGUGUAGGGAAGGGGGGUCAAAGGGCCAGGGGGCUGGAGCAGAUUUCCCCAGCCUCGGGCAGGAAUUAGCAAGGCACUAGCAUCUUGCUGCCAGAGCCUGCUGAUGCAAGCUGCAGAGGCUGGUGGUGUGCACUAUGCGGGGCUUGGGCAGUGUCUGCUUGACCACGUUCCCAGGCUCCCUGCCCUGCAGUAGAGAGGAAAGGUCACCUGACACCCGAGUUGCAGGGGUGCAGGGUGGGGAGAGGGUACGUGCGUCACAUCAUGGGAACCACACCAUGCUCUCCAUCACCGAUAUCCUAUGCACCAGGUGACUCGGCUGGUCUUUGUUCCUGGGGAUCUUUUCCUGUCCCCACAGAACGAGCAGCGGUGGCCUAAUUUGUACGGCGAAAGACAAUCAUUUGUUCUGGAGCAUUGCAAUCUAUAUUAUAUCCCUUCUGCAUGUCACUUAGAUCCUAGGUGCUUUUUUAUUUUAUUUUUUGGUAUGACAUACCAAGGAAAGCAGUGUUUAUAAGCUGAAAUCUCUAGCGUUGUAUGUACAUAUGUAUAGGCAAAAUCCAAUUGAAGUGCCUACACACUUUACGUUAAAGCCAUCAUUGUUGUGUAAAAGAGCUCUCGCCUUCUCCACUCCCCGCUCCUCCAACAUACCUCAAGGCCAGUUCUCAUGGCUACGCUGUGGCUCAUGUUGUUGGUGCAGCCAACAAACCAAAUUGAUUAUGGGGUUGUUUUGACACAGCUCCAAAGCUGGAGACAGUUGGUCAUUUUUAACAGAAUGGAUGGUAGUAAGACAGAGGCACCAUUGUGCUCAUGGGGCUCACCAAGAAGGUGGCUCAAACCAUGUUGGUCCUUUUGAGCCAGGCAUCCCCAAACUUCGGCCCUCCAGAUGUUUUGGACUACAAUUCCCAUCAUCCCUGACCAUUGGUCCUGUUAGCUAAGGAUCAUGGGAGUUGUAGGCCAAAACAUCUGGAGGGCCGCAGCUUGGGGAUGCCUGUUUUAAGUAUUUUUUUUGGCGGGAAGCACUUUUAAACACCUUUGGGACAUUCCAGUCCACUGUUUAUGGGUGUUUUAUCAAGUUAAUGAGCAAUCGCAUGACCAAACUCCUAUUGAAUCUGCUACGUCAAAAAUGAGCUCCAUGUAGCCAAGUAAGUCUUGGGCUCUUUCUCAAAAGCAGCAAUCCCUGACAGCAGGCUGAUCACUCCUUGCCCACUUCUUGCAUUGUAUUUUGCAAUCCCACAGAUAAUUGCACUUGUUAGACAUGGAAAAACUGGCAGUGAGAACGUGUUGUUUUCUAGUUUGGCUGACCUCACACACACCCCUUCCAAGCUUGCAAAGCUGUACCUAUGCUUUCAGAAGACAAGGAAAGAUGAGAGAGGUUCAGAAGAAGAGGAAAGAUUGUCAGUCUUGACUGAGGUCAAGGUGUGACUUGCCAAGGUGAGUUGCACCAAUGACAUCAACCUUUUAAAAAGUUUCUUUUUCUGUUAAAAAGAACAGGGGGUGGGGGCAAAUGCAUUAAAUGUUCAGAGGAGUCAACUGCAGAUUCACUACAGAUAAAAGGGCACAUAGAGGGUCAAAUCAACGUGGAUCUGUAGUAAAGGUGGGUCUUGGAGUCUAAAACAACUGAAGACUAGGUCAAGGAAAGAAGAUGGAUUUGCAAGAGAUUUGACUUAAAAUUGUUUAAUAAUAGCAGCAGCAAAAUGACCACUCCUCCUACCUCUGAAUUAGGCUGCUGAAGUUCCUGAUGUAUUGCAAGUAGAUUUACGCUUGUAGGGUACAAGCAGGAAGUUGGCGCCACCUUCUGAGCCAUCAUUUUGCAUUUGACUCUAGACUGGCUCCAGUUGGUAGACCAAGAAAAAAAUCCAGUAGGGGUCAGGAUAGAUUCUGCAAGGCAGAUGUCUGCUCACACCUGGUCUAAGCCACUUCGAGUCAAACAUGUAGUUCAUUAGGGGACAGCGGCCUGAGGCUUUUGCUCUUUUCUUCUCCUUCCUAUCCAUAGCCUUACAAAACCUGGUGCAAGGCACAUGACCUCUGAAGGUCAUACUGAGAUGCAAAGUGAGAAGAGUUCCUCAGCAUGACACAAUGCAGUAAGCCAUUUCCCCCCACCUUAAGAGGGAGCAAAUGUAGCUUUUUAGUGACCAUAUUUAGCCCAUUGAAUUACAGAGCUAAAGUGUUUAUUUUAAAAGCCAUAGUCAAAAUGCAAUCAAGCAAAAUAUCAGCUACAAGUAAAGUGGGCUUACCUCACUUUCAUGGCAUGUACUUCUUAAAGGGGGCUUGGCCCUGCACAAAAAGAAAAAGGGGAGCAUAGCUUCUUUGUUUGUAUGACACACUGUAUGGCAGUUUUUCUAUCCAUGUUAGAGGGCCAACACCACCCAAUCAUUUAACUGCUCUUGCACAAGGAACCCAAGUGUUGUUCACAGAGACAGGACACAUGUCCUUAAUCUACUCGAGUCUGCAAAGACUACAGCUUGCUUUUGGGGGAAGAAGCAAGUUCUCUUCUUUCCUGUGUCUCUCCUUUCUACUUGCUGAUAAACAUCUGGAUUUCCAAGUUUUGGGAGAAAAGUGCAUGUUUCAGGGUGUGGGAAGGUGUGUUAUUAAUUUAAAUCAACGUGGAACGCAUUGUGCAAUUGGCUCACACACUGGCCAACAAAACAGAGACAGGAACAUUUCAGUGGGCGAUCAAAGGCUAUUGGCAAAGCACUUGGAUCAUAUAAAUCACAGCCACGUUUUUGCAGAAUUAAAACAAGCCAACCCGCUAUGAAUUCCGUCCAGGCAUAGAGAUUCUUUUAUUAUUUAGGAUUGUUCUUGUGCAUUGUUCAGAGAGAGAAGACUUGUGAGGGUUUUCUGUUCACACCCAUAAACCAUUAUUAUUCCCAGAUGAGUGCUGUCAGUAACACUGUGCCUUGGGUGGGGGUGUAGAAGUUGCUUAAAGCAUCAGACUGAGAGGGGCAAACAUAUGGGAAGCUAAAAAGAUGAGAGAGGAAUUUGUAGCAUUGAUGACUGGGUGAAAAAUCCAGGCAGGCGCUUAGAAAUGCUGUCUCCUCAAACUCCAGCCCCAUUGAUCUUUGAGGACACGCUGCCACCUUCUCCUGCAUCAUUUAUGCAAUACUAACAAACAUUGAAUCAUGAACAAGAACAGUGAGAUCUUAUGAGAGCCACAGGUGUAGGAGGACUAAACAUGUUGUUUUCCCUUCCGUUGAGUUCAUUAGAUGGGUUUUCCAUUUUGGGGAAAGGGGAGGGGAGGGGCAUCCAGCUCCUAAACACAUAGGCAUCCUGUAAGGAGGGAAGUCAGCCAAGAGCCACAGUUAAGUAUCCUUAAGAAUUUACAGGAACACAGUGGGAGGGAUUUUACAGUGAGCUCACCCCACGAGUCCAGCAUAAGCUUUAAAGGCUUGUCACAUGGGCCUCUCUCAUGCAAGCAGCCCUACCCAGGUGGGUGUGUCUCACAAGGCCAGCAUAAUAUCCGGGACUUUUUUUCAGCUGGAACUGAACUGAACAGUCCAGGCUCCCUGCACAGGCCCCUCUUCUCACUUUUUGCCAUUUAUAUCAAAGGCAAUAACAAACAGCUGCUAGAAAACGAAGCACAUUCACUACAGUAAGUAACAGCAAUGAAUGCAAGCAGGGAAUGGAUGCCGGGAGAGACCUCCACAACAGAACCAUAGCCUUGAGGGAAGACAAACUGGGUACUAUAUAUGAUUUUUACGCACACGUGUUGAAAAUUCUUACUGCUCCUUUGAAAUCAACUGUACAGUGCUUACUAAAAAUAAAGCCUUUGUUCUGAACAUGGUAGAAGAUCAAUGUACUCCUACAGGCAGGCAGGCAGGCAUACACAGUCUCCUUGUCAGUAAAACACCACCUACCUCGAAAGGAGCUGCAAGGAUUGUUUUGGUCCUCAUGCUAUUGGUUCCACCAGUCAAACAGGCAGAGCCAUAGGCCAUCAGUAGGAUCCACAGUGGCUCUAAGAGCUGGCAUGGAAAGUUGGAGCCCUUAAAGGGCCAUGAAGCACUUAUUACCUCCCAAUCCCUGAAUCUUCCAAGAACUGUUUCUCCUCCUCCUCCUCCUCCAUCACCUCUUUAGCAACUACAGUGGUUUCACAAUUGCUUCCUCCUAUUUAGCUUGAGAGCGGAUCUAUUCUCCUUUCCCUUACCUCUGAAAAUUCCUUCUUGGUUUUAUAUUUUUAUAU